CAGCUCGUGUCCGGCAAACUCCCGUGCGCUGUCGGUCACGCGCGCUCACGUGCCACCAGCUGAAUGCAUAGAGCUCCUUGAGAGGCGAUACUCGGUGAAAGCGACCUGCUUUGACGUUGCUUCUCCACUUCCUCGCUUUUUUCCCCACGCUUUUUGACCGGAGGAGAGCCGAAGAAGAAUGGAGCGGGUCCGACCAAAGCAGUGAGCGGGGCGGAGAGGACGACGAGGCGCGGGAAGGACACCGCCGAGUCACCGCCGCCAGCAUCAGGGGGAGCAGGCAGCAGAUGCCGCUUCUCCCCUUUUGCCGCAGGCCCCGCCAUCGUCGUGAAAUCGGAUCUCGACUUGCGGCGGCGGAUGGGGUGACCGAGCACGCUGCUGCUCCGCCGGGGAGGACUGCCCUCCUGCCUUCGGACGGUACCUGCUGCCGGGUAGGAGCCGCCUGAGGAGGACGAAGAAAAGGGGGAGAAAAAAUGCAGACGGAGGAGGAGACGGCCGCCGCAGAAGAGCCCAUUUUGGAGGAAGGGUCGGGACGAGAGCAGCAAAAGCCGGUCCAGCAGUCUCUGGCCUCCUCUCUGUGCAGAGAGUCCCACUGGAAGUGCCUGCUCCUGACCCUCCUCAUGUACGGCUGUUUUGCCACGCUGGCCUGGUGCGCUCUCUGUCGCGUGCCUGUCCUCGGCUCCUCCUCCUCCGUACCGCUCGGCGCUGACGACGACGCCACGUCGGCGGCGUACUACAAUGACAUCCUGCACCUGGAGAGCCCGUGCUCCAGCGGUUACGUCUACAUCCCCCUGGCUUUCCUGGCGAUGUUGUACGUGGUUUACCUGGUGGAGUGUUGGCACUGCUUCUCCAAGACGGCCACGCUAGCUCACGCCGAAUUCCAGGAAGUGUACGAGCGCGUGCAGAGACUGCAGCAGGCCACUCCCUGUAUUUGGUGGAAGGCCAUCAGUUAUCACUACGUGCGGAGGACCAGACAAGUGACGAGAUAUCGCAAUGGAGACGCAUACACGACCACACAGGUGUACCACGAGCGGGUGAACACCCACGCCUCCAGCUCGGAGUUCGACUACGCUCGCUACGGCGUCAAAGACGUGUCGAAGCAGCUGCUGGACCUGGAGCGGCACCCUGCCGUUCGUCUUCGUUUCACCAAGUGUUUCAGCUUCUCCAGUGCACGUGCUGAAGCAGCCUACCUCACCCAGCGAGCGCGCUUCUUCGGGGAGAACGAGGGACUUGAYGACUACAUGGAGGCCAGGGAGGGGAUGCACCUGAAGAACGUGGAUUUCCGCGAGCACAUCCUGGCGUUCCAAGACCCGGCUCAUCAACCAUGGUUUUCCAGGCACAGAGUCUUCUGGCUGGCCUCGGCCUUCCUGCUGUCCUGGCCGCUGCGCGUGGUGUCGGAGCACCGCACGGCGUACGUCCACUACCAUGUGGAGAAGCUGUUCGGAGAGGACGAGGACGUCGGCGGAGGAGGUGGAGUUGGCGGAGGAGGGCAGGGCCAAGGACGAGGCGACGGGGUCGACGGAGGGACUGAGAACGGGGUCCAUCCUGGAAGGAUCGGGAUGGGCCUGAACGGGACGAGCUACAGAGCCAUCUCCCGUGUCAACACGGUGGACAUGACAGAGUUGGAGUGGCACAUCCGUUGCAACCAACAGAUGGUCCCGAGCUACUCCCAGGCCCUCCUCAUGGACUUGGACAUUAGUGGAGGAACGAACCCUACGGCCUCCACGCCCAUCUCGGGGCCUCCGAGCGUCACCCCAACACAGGGCUCUCACCCGCCCCCCCUGGCUCUCCCUGUUGUCUUCAACUCCGCCUACCUCCUGCAGAGCUGCCCCAGGUGUCGGCGGACCACGUCGAGCUCCAGUCUCCCCUCCAGGUUGAGGGCCCCGAUGGGAACCACGGCCCUGCUGAAUGCCACCGUGGCUGGGAUCAGAGCGGCCGGGCCAGGAGGCGGUGGCGGCGGCGGCAUCGGAGGAAGACUGGUGCUCAGCCGGAGCGGAUUCUCUCUGGGGAGACUUGGAGGCGGGCGCCAGAACAGCUUGCUUCAUUCACGGAGCAUGGGAGGAGGACUGGGAGGCAGCAGGGAGGACGGAUCGGGCAACGUAGGGGGAGGAGGARGCAGCGGUGGCGGCGGAGGGUUUCUGGGGUUAGGCUCGAGACAGAACAACGAGGAGACCAGAGGGGUGCUCGAAGGGGAGGACGACGAAGAAGAGGAGGAGGUGAGGAGRAGGGAAGGCAGGAGGGGAGAGAGGGACGAAGAGGCGGAGCAGGAGAGCAGCGUGGGAGGAGAAGGGAGGGACCGGGAUCGUCCUCCGUCCUACCAGGACGCAUUCUUCUUCCCCGUCCUCAUCAUACACGGGGAGGAGAGCUGCCACGCCGGCGACGGCGUGUGAUGAAGGAACCAGAGCAGAGGACCAGGUGUGAUGGAAGGCAGGAGAGAAUCAGGUGACAAAUAUAACAAACAGGGAGAUCUGACAAAAAUCACAAGUUCAGAGUGAGAGGAUGGCAAAGUAAGAGUGGAAAUAAAGUGAGAGGAGCUGAAGGCUUUACUGCACACAGAACAGGCUGACGGAUCGGACAGAAAACUUAGGAAGGUGUUUCCAGAUAUAUCUAUGCAGGAGGAGCUGGAGUGGGAGAGCUAACAAGUCUAAAGAUAGCAUGGAGAGCAGCGGAGGGACACGGAAACAAAGAGGAACAAGGUGUUUAUUUUUACACACUUUAAGCGAGUAUUUGAAGGGUUCAAGCCUUAGAUGAAAACAGACACUUAAAAACUGCAAUUUAAAAAGAAGAAUUUAGAAAUAAUAAUAAUAAUAAUAAUCCAGAUUCUCCAUCAAUUCGGCUCGAACAGCACCUGAUCGGUCCAUCUUCACGGCCGUGCCGAUGAAGGAGUAGUAGCAUCGAUUUUUCCUCCUCGUCUCGUCCCGCUGUCUUACUUUUUCCUCCAUUAGCUUCCCGACCACUUCGUCCAUUACUGUUAUGGAGCUAAGAGAGAAAAAAAACAUCAUAAAAAGUGGAGCCAUCGCUUCCUCCGUUAGCUCUAUCUUUCCUCCAGCCGUCUUGUUCACUCCGUCUGUUUUAUCACAUCUCACACACCCCUCUGCUCACAGAAAACCUCAGUUAGAUGGAUUGAUGUCGAUCUGAGACACAAAUUUGACUGAUUAAUGGGGAUGGAACAGUUUAGGAAAAAAGGAAAGGGAAGGYAUUAAAUCUCUGAAACUCGUUUUUUUAUGAGAGUAAAGGAAGUUCUUUCUUUUGUAAACUGAGCAUAAUUUGGUGUCUUUCUCUGUCACUGCGAUGGAGCUCUGUGUUCCUGAUGCUGUGGUCAGAUUUUACCUCCAUUUAUCCCUCAUCUCUCAUCACCUAUGGGUUUAGGUUUUCCCUCCAAUGAUUAUGUUUAAUAAAAACAGACACUUAUUUAUAUUGAGAUUCUUUAGUUUUAAGAACAAAAAAUCUAACAAGAUCUGGACAAAUUGCCAAUAAAGUGAGUCAAAGAGGAACAGACAUAAACAUAAAACCUUUUAAGGUAGCCACCAUCAAAUAAGGUGUUAUUUCCUACUAUUUAUAUGAGCAAAAGGAGGAGAAAAACAAUAAAUGAUAUAAUCUAUAUCAAAACAUUUUGGCAUGAAGAAAAUCACCACUUUUGUCUCUUUUAUGUCCAAAUUGUUGGACUGCAUGUGAAGUGAGCUGUCGAGCAUAGCUGUCGUUCUUGUCCUAAAAAUAGAAGAAAAAUCAGACUUUCCAACAGCUUUUUUAUCUUUUAGUGCAGAUAAUAAAACGGCAGAAAAAUAAACUGAAAUAACUCUCACUCCACGAUCACUAUGAUCAUUUCCUGCCCUUGAAAAUUGCUUUGGUCAGGUUGUGCCGAGCUGCUACCUGCUGGUUCUGAAGAACCGUUACCAACAAACAAAUGCUCUCAAAAACAUCGCCUAAAUAUAAAAUGUGUAGUAAGUUUGCCGGCAUAGAGAUGCAUGGAAACGCUGCUAAUUUAGCUAAUUAGAGCUAAACGCUCUGCUGAACAGUUGUGACCCGCGAAUAUUCAAGAUCAAAAAAUAAAAAAUGAGACGAGGGAGCAGAUCAGAAUCCUGAGGGAUUUGGAGGUUUGUCCUUCGUUUUGAGUUUGCUCCUGGACUUUAGAUCCAGGGAACACGGUUAGCGCUCUCAGCCAUCAGUGUUUGUAUUUUCAUACAAAGCACACAAAACCUGCUGCAGUAGUGAGGAAAGGAUUAGUUAUUCAGAUUAUUCAGCCAGUUUCUGAUGCCUCCUUCCAGCUCUCUCUGCUUACUUUUUAACAUAAUUUACAAAAAAGAAAAAGCACAUUCAAGAAAAUGAAGUAAAAGAAAAAGAUCCCCCGAGAGUGGACUUUGUUGACCAAACAAACACGUCCCAUCUUCAGACGAGACAGAACUGGGGGACGUUCUGGAUAAAAGUGGAGCAUAUCUGCUGACCUGGUUUGCUUUAGAGGACACAGACUUACUCUGACACACAUUUCACAAGUUCUGAAUCUGGGUCACGGAUCUUCCGUAGCUUUUUAGGGACACCGAACUCGAAAUGGGCGAAAGACGAGUGACUUCAAAGGACGAGAGUUUCUUGGCGACUAAAGAACUGGACUACGCUGACAAUAUGAUAUUAAGGACAGUUAUUUUUACACAAAUAUUACCUUUUGACCUGUGGUUAAGACUGUCUUCAUGAUUGUCCACGAAUAUAAAGAAGCACCACUCAACACGCUGCUGUUUUGUAUUUGUUUGCAAACUCGUAUCUGGGUUGGGAAGUUCUGUAUUUUUAUUAUCAUGUUUUAAAAAUAAGGCUUCGUCUACACUACAACAGACUUCUUUGAACAAAUUGAUUUAGUUUUGUCAGAAUACGUGCACCUCACUUCUAACUGAACCAUAGAACUGAUGGAAAUAUGAACUUAAAUAUCCAUGGCUACAUGAAUUAGCAGCAGCACAUGUCUCUGUACCUGAAGCCCUUUUUUAAAGGGUUUUCAGCUGCAGGGAUCUGCAAGUCUUAACUUCAUAGUUAUGUUUGGUAUUUAAAUAAAAACUCAAAGUAGGCAACAGUCCUAAAUCAUAAAGCUGCAGAGUUUAGCUUGUUGUGCUAUAUUYAAUUAGCUUGAAUUGCUGUCACUUAUAUAGGUAGUUUGGGGUCAGCUCUGUGGACAAAUAUUUAAAGAAAAAUCAAAGUGAAUUUGAAGAGUGGUUUUGCCUUAAAAUGCCAAACUUCUGUAAAACCAGCACCAAAUUGGUUUGUUUCUAAAGACAUUCCCAGUACUGCAGACGGGGCCUAAAAUCAGUAAAUGGAAUACGCAUUUAUUUCAAACAAGAACCGUCCUCCAGACAAAACAAAAUUAAUUCACGUCUGUAAAUUUGCUGCUUUUGUAUCGUCUUCAUACUUAAUAAGUUCAGAUUGUCAAACUAAUGCCUUUUGUAAAAUGUAACAAUUAUUAUUUUACUUGUUUUUAUUUGUGUUUUUCUAUUGUUUUUAUUUAUUUAAACUUAAUUUAUUUGUGUAUAUUCUGUAUAMGUAUGGUGUUUUAAUUGCUGGUUGGAACUGGCUUGAUUCAUAUUUUGUAAUGAGCUUGUGUCGGAGCAGGUGUUGAUGUUUAUUAGAUAUUUACAUGCCGUUUUGUUACCUGAAGAGUUAAAGGUGCUUCAGGUGUGCCAAGAGAGUUCUCACCCAUAAUGUCUUACAGCAAACAUCAUGCGUAGCUAAUAUAGCAUCUUAUAAUUCACAAACACCUUAUCAGCUCACUUUAGAAUCAGACCUUAAGAAACGAGGUUUGAUUAAAAACAAUAACUAUCUUACCUGCUGGACAGUUUUUUUAAAGGACGCCAGUUUGGAGAAAUAGUUUUUAUUUCUGACCAGACUGAUUAGCUAACGGUAAACAAACAGCUUACAGAUGUUUAUGUGRGAGGAGUUAAAGAUGUGAUUGGUCAGAUUAAGUAUUUUGGGUGGGGUUUGAAGAAGCCAUAACUACUUGAUUGGAUGAACGCUGGGCUGCUGGAGGGUCGUGUAGCUCAGUCAAAGCAGCCAGAAAGCACCUUUAUUUUUAGUCCUAACUCAAGACAGGAAGGUGCUAGCUGCACAAAAUUUAAAGUCAGUUAAUUAUASUUACAUAUUUAUAAUAUUUUUUCAGACAUUGUUUUGUUUGAAACUAUAGUUAAUAAAUUUACAUGUUCACAAUAGUUUUACCAGUACUUCAACUUUUAACUUACCCCUCACAAAGACGAGUCUAUCUGACCAAUCACUGUUUCGCUAAACUCYGCYMACUCUCURCUUAUAUUUCAAACUCCGCCCACACACCAAGAAGCUCCGACUAUGUCCUGCAGAGACCCCUACACAGAGUUUCUGUUGAUUCAGCUGUUUUACCAGCAACUUCRCCAACUUGCAGACCUGACGUCAGUCUGACUCAGGACUUGUUGAAUUGAAUCRUUUGAUUCCUGAUUCAGUGYGAGGAUUUGGAUCAUUAACCCAGGGCAUUUCUAACUGAGCAGCUCCAGGAAACCACAGUGGAUUACUGUUGCCUUAAUAUAACGCUAAUCUACAUUUCUUUAGUGCUAAUACCAGCGGCGACAGCUAGCUGUAGCAUCUUUAGUGCACACCUUGUAGAAAAAUAUUUCUGYAGAAUUAAUGAUUCAGUGUUGGAUGGCAGCCAUCCACUUAAAAUGGACCAGUGGGUGUCCAAUCCUGGUCCCCGAGAUCCAGUAUCCAGAACUUCAAGAGGUAAUUUAGUCACUGAAUCAGGUGUGUUGGAGCAGGGGGAACAAAUAAAACAUGCAGGAUUGGACACUCCUGGAUUAGCUAUAAAACCAUUUCUCCAAACUGAGGUUGUUAAAAGAGCGGUGGACCCCAGGAGGAACAUUUAUAAUUUUACUGCAGAACCCCACAUCAAGAUAUCUGAACUGUCCCCUCAACACAAACACACACUUUGAAAAGCAUUGAAUUGUCCUGCUAAGCUGCCUUUUUUUCACUCAGGAUUUCAGUUGAUGCUGCGUUUGUGUCGCCGCUUCACAAGAACAGAGAAACCGUUGUGCUCACACAUGAAUGUUGUUUAAGGUUUAAGGCUAAUUUGGGGGGUGAUCGCACCUACUUUAGCAGUAAAAAACACUUGUAACAUGACUGACGGGUCGGCAUAUUGAAUGUUGUAACAGUCUAUGUUUAUCCACUUUUCAUACACUAGAUGUCAGCAACAACACCAACAAAGAGCCUAUCUGCACACAUAUUCCUGUCGGAGAUCCAACCACACGUUUGUCUCUGAUAGAUAUUUAUCCUUGAUCUCUUUAUUUUCCUUUAACGGUGGCUGAAUGUGUCGCUCACGCUUCUGGCUGGACUCGUCUGUGUUGCCGAGCAGCUUUCUGACCUGUAACCACGAUCUACAACAGCUCUGCUGGAUAAAAAGAGCGUUUACAUUCUGUGAUGGAGGAGGAGUCAGUUCUGGCUGUAAUUUGAAUCAUGGAUCCAAAAUCUACACGUUCGAACCAUCACCUGACUUUAUCAUGUAAUACUCUUAACAAAUAUGACUGAUGUAUUGUUGUCUAUACCGUUACUGUUGUGCUCCUGUUAAACACUGAAAAAAAUAAUAUAUAUAUAUAUGUAAAGAACUGGUUUGAAUCAGUUCCACAGGUUUCCACUGCAGUUUGAGCUUUUAUUUCCAAUGUACGUUCUAUAAACUGAGUCUAUCGACCUGUGUUUCACUCUAUUGUAACACAAUUUCUUCUGGACAAUCCAAAUAAAACUUACAGUUUCUAUGAACUGUAUCUAAUAAAGACCCAGAAUUCUUUGAAGAA